AAUUUGUCAAAGUCAGACAUGCAUGACAAAUUGCAAUUUGUAAACAUUUUAAUUCUUUCUUAGUGCUUGUGCAAAUUUCGUAAAUAUUUCCUAAAUAUGACGUAUAAACGUAAAAAAUAUCAUCAGGGAGAUACUCACUUGAAGAAAAGAUGGCGAGUGCGAAAUAGGAGAAAAGACCUUGACCAAAUUGAUUCAGAUUUGAAAGAAGAAAACGCAGAAAAGUUAUUGAACCAAGAAGUAGACCUUGACCUUCCUGGAGCUGCUCAACAUUAUUGUAUUCACUGUGCUCGGUAUUUUAUCGACGAACACUCUCUAAAUGAACAUUUUAAAACAAAAGUUCACAAACGACGAUUGAAAGCACUGGAAUUGGAGCCCUACAGUAUAGAAGAGUCUGAAAGAGCAGCAGGUCACGGGAACUUCAAGCUGCCCUCAAAAAGGAAGAUAGUUUCACAGAAUACCAGUAAAACUGACACCAUUGACAAUGAUGGUGAUGUGGUUUUAGAUGAACUAAGCCCAAAUAAGAAAAUUAAAGUUGACGAAAAUGCUACGUAA